AUGACCACAAUGUCAAUAAGUGGAACUAUCCAUGAAGACGUGACAACCGAAGUUCUUGGAAAUAUUGGCGCUUGGCAAUGGACAGUCACUAUACUCUCAACAUUUUUGGCUGCACCAACAGUACUUAAUCAGUAUGAAGAUGCGUUUCUUCUGCAACCACCAAAUGGCGUAGUCUGUAUGUCUCAGUACAAUGUUACUCUGUGUUCAUAUACUGUAAAUGGAACGGAAUUUAUGUGUGACUCUUGGCAAGUAAGAUUCAUGUGGCUCGUGUGGAUUAAGAAAACGUGGCUUAUAUUCUGUGAUAAAGAUUCUACGAUUCUCUUAAUUCUGACGGUAAUUUGUCGUUUUGGGUUAUGCCUGGGAAGCAUUAUAUUUGGACUUAUUUCGGAUGGUUUUGGAAGACGAAUAGCGAUCAUGAUAAAUAUAAUAGCUGAAUUAAUAUUCCGACUUGCGAUAACUUUUUGUGAUUCAGAGAGCUGGUAUUUACUUCUUAUAUUUCUCAAGUCAUUGUCUACUAGUGGUAUUUACUACCUGGGAUUAGUUGUAGUCUGUGAAAUUGCAAGCAACAAAUGGCGUACUAUUCUAGGAUUUAUGGUUUCUUUCCCUCGUCUUUUAAACUCCACCUGUAUGCUAGCAAUUGCGAAUUCUGCUCCUAAUCUUGAAACCUAUAACUUUAUAGCAUUCUUAGUGGGUCUACUACCGCUUAUUCUUAUCAGAUGGAUUCCUGAAUCACCACAAUGGUUACUAUACAAUAGAAGAAUAUCAUCAGCAGAAAAGAUAUUAAUUAGUGCUGCAAAGAAAAACCGCGUAAAAUUAUGUAAUGACUUCAAAAUAAGACCAGUUGACCACAGAGCGUACAAAUGUUUGGAUGAGGAAUGGACUUGUUUCACUAUAUUAUAUACUCACAAUGUUAGAAUUAUUGUUCUGUCGUGUCUUAUAUUCUGGGCGUUGUACUUUUUUCUAUGGUCUCCUUUAUACAUGGAAGUAUACAAAGAUCCAAUAUAUGCCCCUGUUAAAGUAUUACCAACGACGGCUUUCUUAGGACUUCCUUAUGUUUGUUUGGGGAAAAAGAUGAAGCUAAGAUUUUGGUUAGCGCUAAAUAUUGUUAUUUUGGGGACUUCAACAAGUAUUUUUGUUUUCAAGAAGAGAUUACAUCUUAAUGUCGUCAUACUUGAAGUGAUUUCUACAAUAGGCUUGGCUUCAGGGUUAAUCAGCCACGCCUUACUCCUCAACAUUACACCACGGGUCUUAGCCACUAAAUGCAGAGCGACCCUUUUUGGGUGCUAUUACUCUCUGGGACACCUUGGCACCAUGACAGCAUACCUUAUCACGACCCAGGAUAUUCGAGAUCUUACUAUGAUGAUAGUCGUUCUGGUCAUAACAUUGAUAUUGGUAUUUAUAUGUUUAAUACUUCCUGAUGUCGAUGGGCGGGAGUUGCCAGAUACAUUAAAGGAUAUGGACUAUUUCUCAGAGCUAUCAAAACCAUUACGGUGGGUGGCACAAAAAACGAAUUCCCCCUCACACGAAGAAUUAGAACUAAGGGUUCACUCCUUUAGUAUGGAUGGAAAUAAUUCAGAUGAUACCAACCCACCUCAACAAAUUGGAUUCGUACGAAUAUGGCAUUUUAUUUAUAAAUCGUGUAGGCGAUGUCAAAAUAAUAAAACUAAUGAAUAA